GGGGAAAGCAAAUAUUUGCUGACCUCUGUGUACCUGCCCCGACUUCCAGUUUGGAGUGAAGCGGGGCUUCUGGGAGGCCUGGAGGAGCCCCGGGUGAGAGCUAGCUAGCUCUGAGACCCCCUGGCGGAGCUGACCUGGAAACCUCUCCUUGGCCUCUGUCCUUUCUAAGGAGCUCACCACACAGGACUGGCAGGGGGGAACCCUCUUAGAAGCGGAGGAAAUGGCCAUCUUCAGGCAGCUGUCCAUGGGCAUGAAGGCCGGCCUGGCGGCGGGCACUAUCCUAGUGUCCAUGAUCAUCUCCCACUCCUAUCUCGCAGAGAGCUUAGAGCUCCGGGCCUGGCGUUGGCUCUUCCGCCUGCAGAUGGCCCUGUUCACCAACUCUCUCAUGCUCAUUGGCUCGCUAUACAUCUGGCGAGGCACCGUGGGCAACCUCAGCCAUGCCCCCACUGCAGAGUCCACUUGCUUCCAGCUCUGGAAGAUGGCUGUCUUGGCCUUUCUGGCCAUGGCCCAUUCGAGUUUCUUCACCACGCUCUUUCUAGUGGCCGAGGAGCCCUAUCUCUUUUCCUUGGUCGCCUAUUCCUGCCUGGGGGCCUACAUCAUUAUGGUCUUUUUCCUCUGUACGCUCAGCGGCAUGGAGCAGGCGUACCAACUCCUGGCCUGGCGCGGCACGAAGGCCACGGGCAGCCUGGACAAGAGCAGGAAGCUGGCACUCAGGCCAGCCCUGGCCGUGGCGGUGACCGCCGUGCUCAGUGUGGCCGGGCUUCUGAAUGCGGCCCAGCCCCCUGCCGUGAAGACCGUGGCCGUGCCCAUCCACCAGCUGCCCCCCUCGAUGGACCGCCUCAAGAUCGUGCUUCUCUCCGACAUCCACUUGGGCCCCACUGUGGGCAGGACCAAGAUGGAGAUGUUUGUGAGGAUGGUGAACGCACUGGAACCGGAUGUCACGGUGAUCGUGGGGGACCUCUGCGACUCAGAAGCCUCCAUCCUCCGGACCGCUGUCACUCCUCUGAGCCAGCUUCGGUCCCGCCUGGGCACCUACUUUGUCACGGGCAACCACGAGUACUACACGUCAGAUGUCAGCAACUGGUUUGCUCUGCUGGAGUCCCUGAAGGUCCAGCCUCUGCACAACGAGAACGUGAAGAUUUCCGCGGGCCGUGCCCAGCACGGUGGCGGUGGCGAUGGUGGUGGUGGUGGUGGCGGUGAGGGUGACGACUGGAUCUGCUUGGCGGGAGUGGACGAUAUCGAAGCCAACAUCCUGCACUACUCUGGCCACGGCAUGGAUCUCGAGAAGGCACUGGCCGGCUGCAGUGCUGACCACACCACCAUCCUGCUGGCUCACCAGCCCCUGGCCGCCAAGAGAGCCCUCCAGGCCCGGCCUGAUAUUAACCUCAUCCUCUCCGGGCACACACAUGCUGGGCAGAUCUUCCCCUUGAACGUGGCCGCCUACCUCCUGAACCCCUUUUUUGCGGGCCUCUACCAAGUGGCUCAGUCCACGUUUGUUUAUGUCAGCCCAGGCACUGCCUACUACGGGAUCCCCAUGAGACUGGGGAGCCGGGCGGAGAUCACAGAGCUCAUCCUGCAGCGGGCUCCCUGAACCCGCCCCACCACCCUGUCCACCUCUUCCAGCCACCCCUCCCCUCCCCCUUCACCUGCUUCAUCCCUUCCUGUCUCCUGUGCAUCCCUAAUCAACUCACCCCUGAUCAAGGGUCUCCUGCGGGAAUGGCGAUUGGGAUGGUUUCUCAGCACGGUCAAUUGUAGGAGCCAGCUGAUUUGCUCUGUGCAUCUGGGAGGCCACUGAACGUCCCACCUCUGUGAGGACACGCAUCGGCUUUCCAGCCCCGUGGAGUGAGCACCUGCCCGCUGCAGAGCGGUGUCGGGGGAAAGCUCAGUGUUUUCCAGCUGCUCCUUAGGACUCUUCUGGAAACACUGAUCUGGAGCAGUGUGGCUGAGUAGCCCGAGAGAGCCGGUGGGCAGAGUGCUGUUCUCCCCAUUUUUGUUUCUGUCGCUCACCGAUGUUGCAGGCCUCACAGAACCCGCUGGAAUCUGGGGCUUGUCCUUUGCGUGUUUUCAGCAAUGCCAUUCAAUUGCCUGGCUCCUGGGCACUUGGGGUUGGGGCCUAGGUGGAAACGUGAGCACAGUGCUCGGUGAUGCACAGGGCGUUGCCCUCCCGGCCUCACUCGCGGUGAGGCCCUUCGGGACAGAUGCUUGGCCCUAUUUGGAGACUAGGAAAGGAGGCAGAGAGGGCCACAGCCAGGGCAGCCAGAUGAGGGCUUGGGAAUUCCUGGCUCACAGGUGCUCUUCAGCUGUGCCCCGAAAGUGCUUUCCCGACACUGUUAGAAGCCACUCAGGUUUCAGACUCGCUUAGGGAGAACUAGUGAUGCUUGCCUUGUGGGGGUUUUGUUUGAUUUUAUGUUUGGGGUCAGACCUGCAGUGCUGGGGACGGGGGGUGGGGGUGGGGGAGUUGACUCCUGAUGGUGCUCAGGGGACUGUGUGGUGGCAGGGAUGGAAUCUGGGCUCCCACAUGCACAGUAUCUGGCCUAGUGCUAUAUGUUGUGUCUCUAGCCCAAGAUGAUGUUUGUUCAUAGCAUUUCCUUGAGGCUGGUUUUAGGAUUUUUUUUUUCCUGAUUUAAGUUUUUUUCCCCCCUUAGUUGCAGGGGUGUCACUUAGGCAAGACGUCUUCUGCCCUGAGCUACAUCCUCUGCCGCUGAGGCUUGAUGGCAGUCAGGGUUAGCCCGUGUCUUUGGGGGUCAGGGAGAGAGCUCAAGGGGCUGGCAAUGUGAGGGAGGCCAGGGCACAGGAGAAAUGAAAUGUGUCUGAGGUGUGACGGAUCCCCUGCCCCCCACUCCUCUGCAGGCCCCCUUCAAGCUGGGAGUCAGUUGGGACUAUGGUGGAGGACCACGGGCCUCCAGCUGGGCUGAGGUGCCGUUUCCAGCUCCCGGCUCCCCGACUGCCUUCAUGAUCCCAUGCCCAAGAGCACCCUGCCCUGGCCUUAACAAGUGUGUUCCCUCAACCCUGUCCGUUUGCUGUGACCCUGUUCCAUUUGGGGGGUGGGGGUGGUCAUGUGAUUUUGGAGAGGAGCCGUUUUUGGCCUUAUUGGAUGAUGCUCCAAAACUAUUCCUGGCUCUGUGCUCAGGGUGACUCCUGGCCAUGCUCGGGGAUUGUAUGUGGUGCCAAGGGAUUGAGCCUAGGUCAGUUGCGCACACGGCAAGCACCUUAACCUCCUGUACUCCGUCUCCAAGUCUUAUUUUUGUUUUGCUUUGGGGUCAUACCCGGCUGUGCUCAGGGAUCACUCUGGCAGUGCUCAGGGAGUAUGUAGUAUGUGGUAGCAGGGACUGAACCCAGGUCAGCCUCCUGCACAGCACGCGCCCUACCUACUGUGCUAUCUCUCCAAUACCCCCCACUACCCCAGUCUUAAUUUUUGAAUUGAUGAGCUUGUCUCUUUCUGUCUCAAAUGCUACUGUCCCCCCUCCUUACCUUGAAUUUCUAGCUGGACUGAUUUCUCUGUUGGCAGAAAUGAACGCCUGAGGAGUCAGCACCUUCUCGUGGCGAGGGGAGUGUCCUGCAGUGCUUCCCUCUAGUGCCCAGCUGGGACCCUCUUUUUCUUCUUUAUCCAUUUACCUUCUUUAUUUUCUUUGCUUCUGCCUAGGGAAGUGGUGAGAAACAUUUACUUGAAGUUUGAAAAUUCCUUCAAUUCUAGUUGAACCUUUUUUUAAAAAAAAUCUAUCAAGUGCAAGUGAAAAGGAGAGUCUGGGGAGAUGGCUCAAAGGGUAGAAACACAUGUUUGCAUGUGGGAGCCUUGCGUUCAAUCUCCAGCUCCACAUGAUCCUCCAAGAGUGGCUCCUGAGCACUGUCAGGUGUGGCCCCUCUCCCACCUAAAAGUACAGGUUAAAUGGAAUACUUCUGAUAAAUAAUGUAGAAUGAUCAUAUUGUUAUCGAAUCUCAAAUUAAUCCUACCACCAUCCAUAGAUCUUUUUUAAACAUUGUGUUUGGCCCAGGGUUGGAGCUGAGUAGUCGAGACUUUGCCUGGCCUGUGCGAGGCCCGGGGAACAUCUCCAGCACCACACACCAGAACUGGUAUUGUCUGACAUUUUUUAAUGAGGAAUAUUUAGAAGUAUUCACCAAGUAGAGAGAACUGCAUACAAAUUCCCACGUAUUCCUCACUCAGCAUCAACACUGCUCUUCUCACCUCUCUCCGUCCCUGGGGGCUUCCUCCCCUCUCUCCGCCCCCACCACCCAGCUGUAAUAUAUGAAGACAGAUCUUAGAAAACAUUACUUCACGCUGGAAUACUUCAGUAUAGACCCUCGUAAAGAAGUAUAUUCACGGUGCCAUUAUCGCAGCCGUUGAGAUGAACAAUAAUUCUUCUGUUUGCGUUUGGGCCACCCCCGGCAAUGCUCAGGGGUUACUUCUAGCUCUGCCAACAGGAAUUAUUCCUGGUGGUGCUCAGGAGACCAUAUGGGAUGCUGGGGAUCGAAUCUGGGUCAGCUAUAUGCAAGGCAAAUGAAUGCCCUACCUGCUGCUGUUCUAUUUCUCCGACCCCCUGAACAGUAACUCUUUAAGAUCGGCUACUGCCUCGGUUUGGGGCUAAAAGCCAAGUCUUCUACAUCACACCAGAAAGAGUGGCUUUCCACUGUCCAAGUAAGUGGCUAUAUCUGUUACAGAGAUCCGGAUUCAAGUACAGUUAAUUAUGUAAAGAGUGUUCCAUUUUUUUCUGAUUAUCUCAAUUGUUGUUUUUAAAAUUAUGGUUAAAAAAGCAUGGCAUAGAACAUACCAUCUCAGUGGUUCUAAGUGCACAGUUCAUUCCUGUUAGGUCUGCUCACAUGUUCUGAAACAGAUACCAAGCCUUUUCAUCUUGCACGUCUGAUGCUCAGUUUCCUCUGAGUAACUCUUCUCCCCUUCUCGUGAACCCCUGCUAUUCUAUUCUGUUUUCUGCUUCAGUGCAGGAUAGAAUUGCGCUGCUCCUUGUAUGUCAUUUAAGUGGAAUCCUGCAGUAUUAGCUUUUUGUGUACCCUUUUUAUUUUUUGUCCCAGUUAAUGCCCUUUGCCUUUGUCCAGUUGUAACUUGUGGUCACUUUUUUAUUUUUAUUUUUUAAUUUACCCGUGGAGACAAUAUUCCAGCCUAGGCAUGGACCGUGUUUUGUUUAUCCAUCCGUCCAUCCGUGGAUAUUUGGCUCAUCUUCACUUGUGAAUAACGCUGCUAAGAACAAGGGUGUACAGAUAUCCCUGCCACACGCUGCUUUCUAUCCUUGUGGCUUUGCGCUUACACUGUAGGAUUGCGGGACCAUCUGGGAGUUGGAACUUUAUGUUUUUAAAAGGAGCCUUCGUACUGUUCCCUCUAGCACUGACCCCAUGUCACUGUCCCAUCAGCAGGGCCUCACGGUCCCUGUCACCCUCAGAUUCUCUAGAUCUCUGUUGAUUGUCUCCAUUGCUUAUGCGGGACUUGCUUCUCCAGCCUUGGGAGGUAAUGAGCUUUCAGUGACUUUGGAGGUUGGAGAGGCGCUUGGCUCUGGAGUAACCAGUCAUUUUCUAGUUCUCUGAAAUAUUCCUCCCCUUUCUCUUUGUUCUGUGGAAAUGAGAGUCUGGGAGGAGCAUUUGGGCAAACACCCUUCCAGUGUUUUUUUUCCCCUUCCCCAAUCCAGUCUUCUCUCUUCCAAGAGGGCUAGCAACCUGGGAGGAGGUGGUCUCUACCCCCGCCCCUCCCCAACCAGAGCUUAAUAGCUUGUGCCAGGAGUGCCCAAAUGUUGCGCUCUACCCGGAAGUGGAAUGGACGUAAAGGCUCCUGUCAACGGAGACGCACCCGUCGAAUAUGCGCUUCUCAGAGUUCUAGGAAGGACUCCCAAGUCUUCACCUGAUCAGCAUGGCCUAUGACCUGCGGUCGCGCCCAGCUCCUUUCAUUCCUUCCAGUUGAGGAACAGGCCCCAGCAUUGUAAAUGCAAUGCUCUUUAGUCCGGAGGGUCAGGAAGCAUGCGGAAUGUACCCGUCACCUGGUAAUGGCGUGUAUUAGUGUUAAAUUUAAUGUCCUGUUUUUUAAAAAAAAAAAAGUGCUUCUUGACCACCGAAAUCGCCUAGGACAGAUCACUUAACUGUGCACAUGCUCCGCUGAACAGUAUUUGGUCCUGCUGUGUGUCUGGCCCACGUGUAUGCUGCUGUUUUCCCUCUCAGUAUUAUACCACAUGCAAUAUGUACACAGGGGAGAGGGGGCUGGUGGGGUGAAUUUUCCCUUGCUGGGAAUUGGGGUUUAUUUUGUAAAUUUUUUUUUUUUAAUGAUCACAUCUGUUGUAAAUAACAAUGCUGCUGGGCCUGUGUGUCUGAAAUAAAGCUGUCCU